GUAGCAGAUCCCUCUGGGCAGCAGUAGCAUCAGCGAUAUGACUCCAUCUACUAAAGUGCUGGACGAAGGCUGGGCAUGGGUGAUUGUUGUGGCCUCCUUCAUGGCCCAGCUCCUGGCCUAUGGAUCACCCCAGUCAGUGGGUGUCCUGUACCCUGAGUGGCUGCACGCCUUCCAGGAGGGCAAGGGCAUGACAGCCUGGGUGGGCUCCCUUGUGGCUGGAGUAGGACUAAUAGCCAGUCCUAUCUGCAGUGCCUGUGUGGACAACUUCGGGGCACGUCCCGUGACCAUUUUCAGUGGCGUAAUGGUGGCGGGCGGCCUGAUGCUCAGUGCCUUUGCUCCAAAUGUCCAAUUCCUCAUCUUUUCCUACGGGAUUGUGGUUGGCUUGGGUUGCGGCCUGGUCUACGCAGCCACGUUGACAAUCACCUGUCAAUACUUUGACAAGAGACGCGGCCUUGCACUCGGCAUUGUCACCACAGGCACAAGUGUUGGAGCGUUCAUAUAUGCCACCGCUCAGAACGAGCUGAUUGUGAUGUACGGCCUGGAUGGCUGCCUGCUUAUCAUCGGAGCUGUAGCACUGAACCUCAUGGCCUGCGCCGGCUUCAUGAGACCCCUUAACAUGCCAGGGUACUACCUCAAACAGAAGGCAGCCCUGGAACGCAACACAGAGGAGCAGCUUUUCGAGAAGGCCCCGUUGGAUGACCUGAAGAUCACAGCAGGUUCCACCGCAACAACUCCAGAGAAAACUCUGAUGGUGAAGGAGCUGCUCAUCACAAUUGAUACCAAGGAGCUGGCCAUUCAGACAGAGAAGAAGAAAGGCAGCUUUUUGUCUGGGCUGGGCAUCAUGAAAGUCAUGAAGAAGAAGCAGCAGGCAUACUUUAAGUACAUGCACUCCAUGUAUGAGAUCCUGCAGGACCAAUCAAUGGUGGCCUUCUGCAUUGCUGUCUUCCUGUUCAGCCUUGGGGCGUUCCCUCCGGUGCUCUUCAUAGAGGAUGUGGCGCAGAGUCAAGGACUCGUUGAAGAAGUCAGUAUCAUUCCUCUGGUAUCAAUAGGAGCCAUCGCCACUUGUGUGGGUAAACUAGUGCUGGGUAUCCUGGUGGACUUUAAGUGGAUCAACGGUAUCUAUCUGUAUGCCUUCACCAUGUUUGCAGAAGGUGUGUCGCUGCUCCUCAUUCCUCUCACUAAGAAUUAUAUGGGACUGCAGAUCCUGUCUGUCGUCCUGGGUUUCUUCUCUGGAAACUGGUCUCUCACCUCUUACAUUACCACUAAGAUUGUUGGCUUGGACAGACUGACACAAGCCCACGGCAUCCUCAUGUUCUUUGGGGGAUUUGGGAUCAUGCUUGGACCCCCUGUUGUAGGGUGGUUCUUUGACUGGACGCAGUCAUAUGACUUGGCGUUUUACUUUAGUGGGAGCUGCGUGUUGCUGGGAGCAGUCAUUCUCUCUGUGCUCACCCUUCCCUGCUGGAACAGGAAGCACUCUGCGAACGACAGACCAGACGUCCAUUACACCAGCAACUGUGAAAAAGUUGCCUCUGUAGCCUGAACAUGAGCACCGUUCGUAAGGACUCAAAUCUCUCCCCAACAGCACAGCAAGUGUUCGCUGACAGACUAUACCUGAACCACCUCUAAGAGGAGUUUUCUUUCUUUGACUAUACAGGGGUUUCUCCCUUAUUUCUCCUGCCAGGUUCUAAUAUACCAAAAUAUUUGCCAGAGGUUCUGAAAUACAGGCCUUUCCUCUGUACUUUGCCUGCAUUUCUCAGGUCCAAACCAUAUACUGCAGAUGUUUUUUAAGGGUUUGACACUGAUGCCUGUGUUGAUUUUUUUAUUAUCGCCUCAUUUUACGAGGUCAACUGAACAAUACUGUUCAACUCCCCAAUUCUGCAUUUUGUUUAUGUAAACACUGGUUUUCACUUUAUUGUAGCUCUGAAAGAGACACGGUGCCGUUCAUAGCACUGGGAUGAAAAACAUCUGUAAAAUUGUUCAGUGUUAAUUUAACACAAUGACAACAUUUGAAACCCCUCUACAAAUGCACAAAAAUCUCCCAGGAAUCUUACUGGAACAGAUAUUACAGGGAUGGGAAUGAAGGAGGGAGCUGUUUUUUGAUAAUCAUUUUUUUAGCAACACAUCUUUAUUUUGUAUUUAGGUUUUAAUAUAUAUCUUAAUUACACCACUAUGUAUCUUACCAAAGCAUCAAUGAUAAUCAAUGCCUGUCAACACAUAAUGCCUGUUGGAACAAUACAAAAGCCUUGCUUUAUAGAUCAUUGACUGAAUUUAUACUUUUUUUUAAUGAUUUGAGUUCUGCAUACCUCCUGUUUAUGAAUUACACAGAAACGUUUUGAAUAAGUUAUGCUGAUUUAAAAACAUGUAAAAACACAGAAGAGAUCCUACUGUAUUUCCAACCGUAACUGCAUGUAGAUUCUCUUUGUGGCAUGAUUAUCAUGACCUCUGCUGGCGUUCAUUAUGACCAGGCUGGUCCUUUUUCAUCAUGUUGUGUGUGUAUAUGUUUGUGUGUAGGCCUAUGUUGUGUGGGUGUGUGUACAUGUCUGCACACGCAUGUUUGCAUACGUGCACAGGUUUGUGUGUGUGCAUUGUUUGAUAAACUUUUGUAUUAGCACUAGUUUGUAAAGUCCUAUGUGCUAGUGACUUUUUAUAUGCACAAAAACGGCCAUAGAGCUGUAAAAAAAUGUUUCUGUUUAAGUUGUAAGUUGAUUAUUGUAAUCAUAAUUGUAAUGGAUACAUUGCAAUAGGCUUUUAGAAUCACUUGAAUGUUGUUAAAUAUACCACUACAAUUGUAUUUUUUAAAGUUCCAGUUUCAGGCGUAAGGGUAAAUCUGGGACAUUAGUGUUUGCUUUUUUGUGUUUGUAGAGGGUAUUUACAAGGUGCAGAAGAGGAACAAUUAGUACAAUUAGACUAAAUUGUCACCUUUUAGCUCUUAUUUUUUAUGCCAGUAUUAUAAUAUUAUAUAUUUCUGUUCUAUUAUUUUAUUUAAAAAGUGCCAAUAAAAGAUAUUUGGAUUAAUAAUACUGAG